AUGGCGACCCUCCUCUUCGUGUACGCGCGCCUAUCCAUCCAAGCCGCGAAGCGCAACGCGCAGAAACACAGGGAGGCGGACGGGGGGCAGAUCAGUUGGCAUAAUGAGAGUUUGAGACGGCAUGGGAAGUUGGAUGCGCCGGAGGAUCAGGGGACUGUUUCGCAGAUUGUAGGGGCUGUGAGGGAUAGAGAUGUCAAGUGGGAGGAAGGGGAAAAGGAGAAUGGGAGUGCGAGUGGGAAAGGUGGAGGGGCAGGGGAAACGGAAAAUGAGAAGAUGUUGAGGGAGAGGAGGAGGGUUUGA